AUUGCGUUUGUCAAAAACGUUGUUUUUAUUUUUAAUUUCAACGUAAAUAUGAACACAACAAACAUUUAUUAAAAGAAUACGUGAGAAAUUCAAAAACUCGGUACAAAUCUAAUUGUAAGUAAACUAGCAAACAUGGCUUCAGUACAGGAAAGACUUCAACUAAAGAGAGAGCCUCUAGACAAGUGGUCAGUUAGAGAACAGUUAUGUCUCGCUUCGGCCGUUUGUCGCAGCGGCGACCAAAAUUGGAUGUCGGUGUCGAGGGCUCUGAAGCCGUUCGGUGAACCCAACCGGCCUGCGGAUUGGUUCCACCAAAAGAACUGCGCCGCGCAGUAUGGCAUGCUUUUAGGGAACGUAGAAACGCCGAAGAGAAAAAAUAAAAAAGGUAACGCAGAGACCGGCAUCGAAACGCCGGCGGAAAGUAUAUUGAAAAAAUUGGUAGCAGAAAGACAGGCGGAAUUGAAGAAGCUACUCGCCGAUGAAAAGGCCGAGUACCAAAAAUUGCAGAAAGAAAUGUUAUUACUCCAAUCAGGUAAAAUAACCGAAGAACAACUGGAUAAAUGGUGUCAAGAAAUAGAGGACGAAGAGAACCGUAAAGAACAAGAAACCGUUACACAUGCUCAAUGGCUGAAAGAGCGCGAAUUGCGAAAACUAGAAAUUGAGAAGGCCUGGCGACCCGUUAAAACACCUGUUGGGCAGAAGCGUAAAAAUUCCGAUAUUUUAGACAAUCUCAUUGAACAAGAACAUACAGAAGAAGUUCCUCAACAACAGAGUUACCCUCAAACUCCUGAACCUUCAAAACAGGCCAUUUCACCUUUACUUACUAGCCUAUUAAAAUCGCCUUCACAAACUCAAAGUACGCCUAUCUUACACACGGCUAUUACAAUUAGAUCAAUGCCCAAUACGAAUCCAAUGAUAUCAAGUUUAUUAAAUUCUUCAACUGGUGUCACGGUUUCCCAAGGUUUGCAACAAUUGGUAAUUUCUGCCAUUGGCCAAGAAACAUCACAACUCAUCCAACAACAACAACAACAGCAGCAGCAACAGAGGCAACAACAACAGACUCAACAACAACAGACUCGUUUUGAACAAGUUCAACAACAGCACCAGCAACAACAGGUUCAUAUUACAAACGAUAUCCUAGACGAUGCCAAUUUACCCAACAUAAAAAUAGAUGAUUUGGCUAAUAGUAUUUUGGUUCAAGACGGCCCUCUUCCAGAAAUUAAAAAGGAGGAAGUCGACGACAUUAUUUCAGAAAUAAUACAAGCUGAUCCUGAGCAACAUCUCCAACUCGAUGGAAAUGGAGACAUAAAUUUAGGGCUCGAUGAUUUUGAUGAUGAUGAAGCAUUGGAAGAGUUACAGCAACAGCAAGAACAAGAACAACAACAACAGGAACAACAACAACAACAGGAACAGCAACAACAAUCUAAGGAAGAGAUCAAAGUUGAAAGCAAAAUUGAAGAGAAAGUACAGAACCCAGUCGUAGCACCUACUCCAGCAGUCGACCCCUUUGAGUUUCAAGAAGAUCCAGUCAUUCACAUGGAAUCAUCUCUUAAGGCGUCGUCAAUAAAUAAGCAAGAUAAUAAACCGUACGUACCUCAAUAUCAACAACAAAUUAAUCAAGUUGAAGUUAACAACCCUGUACAAGCACCUACAGAAAGCUCGGAGCAAAGUAACAUUCAUAACGUUGAAAUGGCCGAAGAAAUAAAAGAACUAAAAGAAAGCAACGUUGAUCCAAAACAGGAGGCACAGCCUUCGAACGAGCCUUCUGCGCCCCUUCCUCCUUCACAAGUUGAUACACCAGAGAUACACACAGUGAAGGUUGAAGAAUCUACCGCUGUACCUGGUUCUGUAGAAAUUGUAGAAGUAGUUGUCACCGAUGAAGAUGAUGAUACCGAUAAAGACGCAGUAAAGUCUGAAAUUCUGAGCUCCACCAAAUCGGAUGAUUCUGAAGAUGUUAAAUCUAAUCAAGCUGAACCUGAAGAAAAAGUCAAAUCUGAAGAGACGGAAGAUAGCAGUCCUACGGAAAGCAAAGAUACAGGUUCUGUUGCUACUUUCGAAGAAUCAUCGGAGGCAUCAGAUGUACCAUUGGAAGUGAAGAAAGAAAUUAUCGAGUCCAACACUGAUGGACAAGACAGCGGCGAUGGGAAACCCGAAUUAGGCGAUGAAUUGUUCGAUGAACUGAACAUAGAAGUGAAAUUUGACAAAAAUGCGAAAAAAAGGGAUUACACAAGAACAAGAAAGAAGGAAGAUAAAGGUUUCGAUAUCCUUCUUGCAAUUGAAAAAGCUCAUCUAGAAGAAUCUGAACUCACCGAAGAAACGUUAUCUGACGCUACCACCGAUACAGAUAAGAAGGACGUGAAAUCCUUGAAAAUUAAAUCAGAUGUCGAUCGAUCGAACAGUCCUUGGACGGAAGAAGAAGACGGAACAAAGGGCGGUAAAAGGCGAUAUUCGACUCCGGUUACACCAACUGAUUCUAUACCAAAUUCCCCGGCCUCGUCUUCCGCCUUUUUGGAGGACGACAGGGAAUUUAGAAACUGGAAAAAAUCUGUGAUGUUAGUGUACAAUCGGUUAGCAGCUCAUAAAUACGCUUCGCUAUUUUUAAAACCCAUCACUGACGAUCACGCACCAGGAUACAGCAAUACCAUUUAUCGUCCAAUGGAUCUUCUCACUAUUAAGAAAAACAUCGAGAACGGUACCAUUCGAUCUACGCUAGAAUUUAAACGCGACAUUAUGCUGAUGUUUAUGAACGCUAUCAUGUACAAUAGAACUAAUAGUUUGGUCUACUCGAUGGCCUCAGAAAUGCAACAAGAAUGCAUCGAACCUAUUGAUAUUCUCAUGAUGGCAGAGAGCCAUAAAGAUGUUUCGCUUAGAAGAGAAACUAGAACCAGUGACGUAGGUGAGUUCAAAAAGAAUCCGACCGGUGAUAAACCAAUUCGUACAAAAAGAAAGCGAACGUUAACUGAUGAAAUUUUAAUAAAGUCUACUACAAAGAAAAGGAAGGAUGAAUAGUGGAAGAAUAGGCGUGAAAUGCUGUUUUUAAUUUUGUUUUUAGAAUCAAGUUUGAAUGUGAUUGAUGUCAUGAAUA